UCGCGUAAAUCCGGUUGUCGUAGUCGUCUGUAGAGCGGUCACUACGAGUUGCCGGUUUUUUGUGUCCCAUUUAAUUUAUUCUUGAAAUACUUUUUACGUACUUUGAUUGCAAUUUUCAGUGAAAGUGUAAACUUUACGCAGUAUUGUUUUUUGAUAGAAUUUUGUGAAUUUAUUGAACUUAUUCUGAGGUAUGGAGUGGGAAGGGCCGCCCAAGCAAGGCUUGUACGACCCUCAGAACGAGCACGAGGCCUGCGGAGUUGGUUUUGUGGUUGCUAUCGACGGGAAACGUUCUCAUAAAAUCGUCCGCGAUGCCGAGGUCCUCGCGAAGCGCAUGGAGCACCGCGGCGCGUGCGCGUGCGACAACGACACCGGCGACGGUGCCGGCGUGUUGACCGCCAUCCCGCAUCAGUUCUACUGCGCUCAGCUUAGGGACUCCCAUCAGCUAGACCUGCCUGCCUUCGGGCGCUACGCCACCGGCAUCUUCUUCCUCGACAAGCUCCACCACCAGGGCAUCGAGAGCAAGUUCCAGGAGUUGGCCGAGAGCAUCGGCCUCAAGGUCCUAUGCUGGAGGACCGUGCCUACCAACAACUCUACCAUUGGUCAGGUGGCUCGAAACUCGGAGCCAUUUAUGCGCCAAGUGUUUGUAACCGGAGAUAUCGAAGACGAGAUACAGCUAGCCCGUCAGGUAUUCGUGCUGAGGAAACGCGCGUCGCAUGAGCUCGUCGUGCCCGGAGCGAGGUUCUACAUCUGCAGCUUGUCGCUGAAGACUGUGGUCUACAAGGGACUGCUCACUUCUAAUCAGCUAUGGGAGUACUUCAAGGACCUGACGAACCCGGCGUUCACGACGUACCUGGCGCUGGUCCACACUCGCUUCUCCACCAACACCUUCCCAAGCUGGGAGCGAGCGCAUCCUUUGAGAGUGCUUGCCCACAAUGGCGAAAUAAAUACAUUACGAGGUAAUGUGAACCUGAUGAAGGCUCGCGAGGGAGUCAUGAAGAGCGAAAUCUUUGGAGAAGAUCUCAAGAAGCUUUACCCAGUCGUGGAGCCGAACCUCUCAGAUUCUGGUUCAGCCGACUGUGUGCUAGAGUUUCUUCUUCACUGCGGCCAGCGGUCCCUGCCAGAGGCCGUCAUGACCAUGGUGCCUGAAGCCUGGCAGAACGACCCCACCAUGCCUAAGGAGAAGCGAGACUACUACCAGUGGGCGUCGUCCGCUAUGGAGCCGUGGGACGGGCCUGCCUUGGUCUCCUUCACCGAUGGCCGCUAUAUUGGUGCCAUACUGGACAGAAACGGUCUUCGUCCGUCGCGCUUUUACGUGACGAGCGAGAACAUCCUCGUCAUGGCAUCUGAAGUCGGCGUGUAUGACGUCGACCCGGAGAAGGUCAUUUUGAAGAGCCGUCUGAAGCCCGGCCGUAUGUUGCUGGUGGACACAGAAGAGAAGAAAAUUAUCCAGGAUGUCGAGCUCAAGCUGAAGAUCGCUCAGAGUCGCCCCCACUCCAAGUGGUUGAGCGAACAGAUAACAAUGGAGGACAUCCACAAAUCGGUGGCGGCGGCCGAAAAUGGAGUGGUUUCCAAUGGAACCGUCAACGGCGCUAUCACUGGUUUGUGCGACAAGCGGCUUAGCCUCUUCGGAUAUACUAUUGAAGCCAUCAACAUGCUGCUGCUGCCUAUGAUCCAGAACAAGAAGGAAGCGCUGGGCAGCAUGGGCAACGACGCGCCGCUGGCGUGCCUGUCGCUGUUCCAGCCGCUGCCCUACGAGUACUUCAAGCAGCUGUUCGCGCAGGUCACCAACCCGCCCAUCGACCCCUUCAGAGAGAAGAUAGUGAUGUCUCUUCUGUGCCCCAUCGGGCCGGCGCCCAACAUCUUAGAACCCAGCGCGGCCUUCGUGCACCGCCUGUUCCUGCCGCAGCCCAUCCUGUCGCUGCCCGACCUGCAUGCCUUGAAGAACACCAGCCACCGCGGGUGGAAGACCAAAGUAAUCGACUGCACGUACGACUACAAAGACGGGCCAACAGGACUAGAGCCAGCCUUGAGCCAGAUCUCUAGUGAGGCACACGCCGCGGCUUCGUCUGGAUACCAGCUACUGGUGUUGUCUGACCGCGCCGCCGGGCCAGACCGCGUGCCUGUCAGCUCACUACUCGCUUUAGGCGCGGUCCACCAUCAUUUGAUUGAGACCCGCCAGAGAAUGAAGGUGGGACUCAUCGUGGAGACGGCCGAAGCUCGCGAAGUGCAUCACAUGUCUGUGUUGCUUGGAUAUGGCGCAGACGCCAUCUGCCCCUACCUAGCCUUCGAGCUAGCUUUCGCAUUACGCAAUGACAACAUAAUCGACCCUACCCUCACCGAUGACGACAUCUACAAGGCCUACCAGAAGGCCAUCGAGACUGGCCUAGCUAAAGUCAUGGCCAAGAUGGGAAUCAGUACGCUACAGUCGUACAGAAGCGCGCAGAUAUUCGAAGCUGUGGGAUUGAAUGAGGAGGUCGUGGACAAGUGCUUCAGAGGAACACAGUCUAGGAUUGGUGGCGUCAACUUUGAAAUCCUAUCCAAAGAGAUUUUCGAUAGACACGCGCUGACAUACGGACCGUUCACAGACGCAUUAGUUCUCAGGAACCCGGGAGUGUACCACUGGCGCGCGGGAGGCGAGAAGCACAUCAACGACCCUCUGUCCAUCGCCAACCUGCAAGAAGCCGCCGUCAACAAGAGCUCGUCGGCUUACGACAAAUACAGGGAGAGCUCACUGGAAUCAAUCCGUGCUUGUACGUUGCGAGGUCAGUUAGACCUCGUACGCUUGGAUGAACCCAUCCCACUAAGCGAGGUCGAGCCCGCCUCGGAGAUCGUGAAACGAUUUGCUACAGGCGCGAUGUCAUUCGGCUCGAUCUCGCUGGAAGCUCACACGACGCUUGCGGUGGCCAUGAACCGCAUCGGCGGCAAGUCCAACACCGGCGAGGGCGGCGAGAACGCGGACCGCUACCUCAACCAGGACCCGGACUACAACAAGCGCUCGGCCAUCAAGCAGGUGGCGUCGGGCCGCUUCGGCGUGACGGCGUCGUACCUGGCGCACGCCGACGACCUGCAGAUCAAGAUGGCGCAGGGCGCCAAGCCCGGCGAGGGCGGCGAGCUGCCAGGUUACAAAGUGACGGAAGACAUAGCGAAGACCCGUUGCUCAGUGCCCGGCGUGGGACUCAUCUCGCCGCCGCCUCACCACGACAUCUACUCCAUUGAAGACUUGGCUGAACUGAUCUAUGAUCUCAAGUGCGCCAACCCUAACGCCCGUAUCUCUGUGAAACUCGUAUCUGAAGUUGGCGUGGGUGUGGUAGCUUCUGGAGUAGCCAAGGGUAAAGCGGAGCACAUCGUGAUCUCCGGCCACGACGGCGGCACGGGCGCGAGCUCGUGGACGGGCAUCAAGUCGGCCGGCCUGCCGUGGGAGCUGGGCGUGGCCGAGACGCACCAGGUGCUGGUGCUCAACGACCUGCGCUCCAGAGUGGUGGUCCAGGCUGACGGUCAAAUCCGAACCGGUUUCGACGUCAUGGUCGCUGCGCUCCUCGGCGCCGAUGAGUUCGGCUUCAGUACAGCACCCCUCAUUGCUUUGGGCUGCACAAUGAUGCGCAAGUGCCACCUCAACACGUGUCCCGUGGGCAUCGCGACGCAAGACCCGGUGCUGCGCAAGAAGUUCGCCGGCAAGCCCGAGCACGUCGUCAACUACCUCUUCAUGCUCGCCGAGGAGGUCCGCGAGCACAUGGCGGCGGUAGGCGUGCGUCGCUUCCAGGAACUGAUCGGGCGCACCGACCUGCUCAAGGUCCGCGAGAACAACACUAAUCCCAAGGCGCGACUGCUCAACCUCUCGCUUAUUCUCAAGAACGCGCUGCACAUGCGGCCUGGUGUUAACAUCCACGGCGGGUCCAAGGCACAGGACUUCCAACUGGAGAAGCGUCUGGAUAACCAGCUCAUCGAGCAAUGCGCGGGCAUCCUUGAUGGCUCGCAAAAGCACGUCGACAUCACCAUGCGCAUCACCAACGAAGAUCGCGCCUUCACCUCCACUCUGUCUUACCACAUCGCCAUGAAAUACGGCGACCACGGCCUGCCCGAGGGCGCCACGGUCGACAUCAGCCUGACGGGCUCGGCCGGCCAGAGCUUCUGCGCCUUCCUGUCGCGCGGCAUCACCGUCACGCUCGAGGGAGACGCUAACGACUAUGUCGGCAAGGGCCUGUCCGGUGGCAAAGUAAUCAUCUACCCGCCGAAAUCUUCGCCAUUCGAAUCGCACUUGAACGUGAUCGUCGGCAACGUAUGCCUGUAUGGAGCUACAUCGGGACGAGCCUACUUCAGGGGCAUAGCAUCUGAACGUUUCUGCGUGCGCAACUCAGGCGUGACGGCGGUGGUGGAGGGUGUGGGCGACCACGGCUGCGAAUACAUGACGGCCGGCACCGUGCUCGUGCUCGGCCUCACGGGCCGCAACUUCGCCGCGGGCAUGAGCGGUGGUAUCGCGUACGUGUACGACAUCGACGGCUCGUUCGCGCUGAAGUGCAACCAGGAGAUGGUGGAAUUGCUGCCUUUAGAGCUGCAGGACGACCUCGACACUGUGAGGACUCUGCUUGAGGAGUUCUUCGAGUACACUGGCUCGGUCAUCGCUCAAGACAUGCUCAAGACUUGGCCGGCUCCCGCUAAGAUGUUCGUCAAAGUGUUCCCUUAUGAAUACCAGCGCGCGCUCAAGCAAAUGGCUCUCAAGGCGCCCGCGCCUAAACUGGAGACCAACGGAAAGGAGGAAAACGGCCUCGUUGAUAUCGAGGAGACUGUAAGAGAUGCAGAACUUGAAAAGAAAAAUCUGGAGAAGAUUCUGGAUAAGACUAGGGGCUUCAUCAAAUACCCUCGCGAGACGUCCAUCUACCGUCCCGCCGAGAAGCGUCUCCGGGACUGGGACGAGAUCUACAACCCGGGACACGUGCGCCGAGGGUUGAGAGUCCAGGCCGCGCGUUGUAUGGAGUGCGGUGUCCCCUUCUGUCAGAGUCAGCAUGGAUGUCCUUUGGGCAACAUUAUUCCUAAGUGGAACGAUCUGAUAUACAAAGGAGACUGGAACCAUGCGCUGUAUCAGUUGCUGCAGACGAAUAACUUCCCAGAGUUCACGGGCCGCGUGUGCCCGGCGCCGUGCGAGGGAGCCUGCGUGUUGGGCAUCAGCGAGCCACCCGUCACCAUCAAAAACAUCGAGUGCGCCAUCAUCGACCACGCCUUCGAGAGCGGCUGGAUCAAGCCCGAGAUUCCUAAGGUCCGCAACGGAAAAACCGUGGCAGUAGUGGGUUCCGGCCCGGCGGGCAUGGCAUGUGCUCACCAGCUCAACAAGGCCGGUUACUCGGUGACGGUGUUCGAGCGCAACGACCGCGUGGGCGGUCUCCUACAGUAUGGGAUCCCCACCAUGAAGCUCAGCAAAGAGGUGGUCCAGCGCCGCGUGCGCCUACUUGCUGCAGAGGGCGUGGCCUUCAAGUGCAACGUCGAUGUUGGGAAAGACAUCUCCGCGCGUGACUUGGCUAAUGAAUACGACGCCCUAGUCCUCUGCAUGGGGGCGACCUGGCCACGCGACUUACCGCUCAAGGGCCGGCAGCUGAACGGCAUCCACUUCGCCAUGGAGUUCCUGGAGAGCUGGCAGAAGAAGCAGAUGGGGCCCACCGCCGCGCACCACGCGCCGCCCGCCAAGGACCGCCCGGAGCUCGGCGCCAAGGACAAGGACGUGCUGGUCAUCGGGGGAGGAGACACUGGUUGCGACUGCAUAGCCACGUCUCUGCGGCAGGGCGCCAAGUCGAUCACCACGUUCGAGAUCCUGCCCGAGCCGAAGCCUACCAGAGGGCAAGACAACCCCUGGCCGCAAUGGCCCAGAGUUUUCAGAGUCGACUAUGGUCACGAAGAAGUGAAAGUCAAAUUCGGAAACGAUCCCCGGAAAUUCUCCACUCUCACCAAAGAGUUCCUGGAUGACGGCGAAGGCAACGUAUGCGGCGUGUCGGCAGUGGAGGUAGAAUGGACUCGCGGCGCGGGCGGUCGCUGGGAGAUGCGCGAGGUUCCUGGCUCCGAGCGUGUGUUCAAGGCCGAACUCGUGCUUCUGGCCAUGGGCUUCCUGGGGCCUGAGAGAUACGUCGCCAACCAGCUUGACUUGCCCUUAGACGCCCGCAGCAACGUGGAAACGGACAAGUCGAACAUUUACAAGACCCCUGUAAACAACGUCUUCGCGGCUGGAGACUGUCGACGCGGCCAGUCGCUGGUGGUAUGGGCGAUCUCCGAAGGCAGACAGGCGGCGCGUGCGGUGGACACCUAUCUCAUGGGCCGCUCGGCGCUGCCUGGGCCUGGUGGCGUCAUCUACGACCACUGAGCGGUCUAGCUAAAUGGGACACCGCUCUCAAACCACGCCCUCUGUCGGUGGACAUCAAUAACAACUUAAUUAAUAUGAAAAGAUAGCUGGAUCCUGGAUUGUGAACAAGAUCAAGCAACCAUGGUGAGUCGAUAUCGUUGCUGUAGACACAGUUCAUAAGACACAAUAUUGUACUAUAUUGAGGCAAUAUUGUGCUAUAUUGAGGCAAUAUUGUGCUAUAUUGAGGCAAUAUUGUGCUAUAUUGAGGCAAUAUUGCACUAUAUUGAGACAAUAUUGCGUGUUUACUUAUGUGCAUCAAUUCUGUCGUAAAACAUCCUCCUGUGUACACCGAUAGAUAAGAAGUUUGAGAACGAUUUUCGUGAAUGUAUCUGCGUAGAACGCGAUUCUCGUGCUAGUUCAGUCAUAUAUUGAGUAAUGAGUAUCGACUAUCGAUGUUGUAAAAUAACGUAUUUUAAUCGGCCUACGUAUCAACAGACUGGUUUAAGAUGAAAUGUUUGCAGCACCGAGAAAUACGAGUCUACUUUAUAUUAAUUUUCGUUGUAACAGUAGCAGAAUACAACAAAUGUUAUCGAUAGAUGUAAAGCGCGUAGCACAACGAUCCGUGAUGAAAUCGAGAUCUAAAUUAUUAACAAAUUAGCCUAGUCGUUAGCGAAAUUUGAAAGUUAUCACAGUUAUAUAAAAUUAUCGUCAUCCAAUAUGCCAAUGUUUUUCGAACUUGUAGUCGCUUUUGUUUUCGUAAGCCUGAAUAGACGUACUUUUGCCGUUUUAGAUGGGCGUUUGUAAUUAUUUUAAGAAACGUUUACUGUUUGAUAAUCUUAUAUUUAUAACCACAUUCCGUUUGUAGACAUUUGUCGCGUAUUUUUACCCGACUGCGCCAGAAGGAGGGUUAUGUUUUUAGAUAGUUUUCGUAACUGAGACAUAUCGCGGCCGGUCUCCGGUCCGGUCGAAUAUUAGUGAUCAGUCAAGUGUCAUAUAACUUUGUUGGUUAUAGAAUGUUUUUAAUAUUAUUGUACAUCAUUGUUUUUAUCUCGUCUGUAGAUAUAGACUGUGUUAAGUGAUUUGACACGAUAUUUCGUACAACUAUAUUAUUAUGAAGGUUUAAAUUAUGAAUAUAAAAAUUAUAUUAUCAUAAUUAUGUUGCAUUUGCAAAUUUCACUUGAGGUGUAUUUAUUACACCUAUAUUAUUUGCUUAUGUAUACCACACAAACGUGGUAUUACAGUAUUUAUGUAACAAUGUAUCCUAUGUGUAUCCAUAUGAAUGCUGUCCGUACAGAAACUACUUGUUCCUAAUAUCUAUAAUCAGGCAAAAAUCAAAGUAUUUACUUUAUAUUUGAAUUUGAAUUUAUGUAUGAAAAUUACAAAAAUUAUAACCGUUACACAAAAUCAUAGAAAUUAUUUACUGGCAAAGAUUUAUUUUAACAUAUUUUUCUGGUAAUUUAGUUUUAAGUGUUGGCACAUUAUGAGAUAUCUCUGAAUAUAACACAUCGUGUUUUAUACUAUUGAGUUUAUUAAUUUUAUUUUAUAGAGUUUUGAUAUUUUAAAGUUAAAACAACUGAAUGUUAUUUAAAAAGAACUUAUUUGUCCUCAAAUGUGCCGUAAUUUAAAAAUUAUGAAAUAGAUUGAUCUAUUUCAAUUAAAAAUUCAACCUGUGAUGUAAGAUUACAGUAACUGAGAUUAAUUUGUGUGAAUGUUUGUAAAUUGCUUAGUUAUAAUGUUUUCGUUGGUAACCGUUAGAAGUUCCUAUAAGUUAACCAUAUUGUAAAAGUUUUUUUAAGUGAUCUUCAGUAAAAACUAGUCUUAAAAAUUCCCAUUAGUCACUGUAACGACGUUAGUUUCGGUUUUCAGGUCUAACUAUCAAAAAGAUUCCCUCAAUGUUUUUGAAUGUACGCAACAUUCAAAUUUCCCUAAAUUGGUUAUCUUUUUAUGACAUGAUUUGCUGAUAUUUCGCAAAGAAAUUAUCACAUUUACCAUAUAGUUUUCAUAUCACUACGUAACUCUGAAUAAAGGUUUGUGAAACCACGUAUUAUUGCUUAAAUGUAAACUCUCAUUGGUUAAGGUUUAUGAUCUUUUAGUGGUCGUAGGUUAAAGAGUAAUGUAUUAGGUGCGAAAACAUCGUAAUUGUUAACUAUUAUUAUUUAUUAACUUCCGGAUAAACAUUUUGUUAUUUUAAUGUUUACUUGUUAAAAUUAUAAAAGACAGGUUCUUAGAUUGUGUUUAUUGCAAUGGCCAAGUUUAGAAAAGCAGUGUCAAUUAUUAUUAGAAGCUUAUGUCCACUCCGUACCUAAACACUACGUAAUCACAUGUUACAAUUAUAUUUAGAUCCAAUGUUGAAAACGUAGUCUAGAUGUUAUAAAAUUGACAGUUUGGAUAUUAUAAUAUGAUUGACAAUAAUUAAAUGUUUAUUCGUAGUGGAACCCUGUAUCGUAUAUUAAAAAUAAAUAAAUAUUUCAGCACAUA